AUUCAUAAAAUUUUUCACAUAAAAUUGGAUUAACUAGACGAAAUUGCGUGGUAGAGCUGCUUAUACGAAAACUUCCAAGGCUUGCAACACCGAACAAAUCACACCUCCCAUGGAGUCGGUUGUAGGUCGAGGAGAUUCUGGAGUCAAAACCAUGCUUUGUGACCUCAACACGACUCCGUGGGACAUGUAAGAUGUGCUAUAUAGUUAGCAAGCCUUGUCCGUCUGCUAGGUACAUGUAAGCUAAAUGGAUUAGCAUCGGUGACAUUGAGAAGAUUGUGAAAGUGUUUGUACAAUAAACAUUCAUUGACAGAUGGUCUCAUGGAGAGUGGUAUACAUUGUACCGCUCACACAAUGGAUAAUAUUCAAGAUUACAGUUAUUUCUAUGCAUAUUCUUAUACAUGAAAUAAAGAAAUUUACGUUGAACUCUUUCAAUUCUGGUAGCCUGAUGGCAAGAAAUGGAGUCGAAUAUUACUGUGCAGCACUCAAGGUGUGGUUUAACUAGGGUACAGUACAAGGUUCGAAGUGCAUGUUCAUCCUUAAUUUAUCGAAAAUUACGCCAAAUUAAACCAGACAUGCGGUUAGCCUUUUUGAUGACACAAUCAACAUUGCGAACAAAAGUAAGCCGUGAGUCAAUGAAAAUACCUAGAUCCUUCUGAGCAGCAACCUGAUUGAGAACAGUAUCGUUUAUGUGAUUAUUUGAACCAAAUGGCUUCCUCUUGAGGGUUAUGGAAAUGAAACUACACUUACGUAUACUGAUAAACAGCCGCCAGGCCACAGACCAAUAAUAAAGCUUGUUUAAAUCUUGCUACAGGCAAAAAAAUGUGACGAAAGAUUUUUAGAUCAUCAGCAAACAUUAAACAGUGAUUAUUCAAAUGCUGCGAAAUGUCGUUAACAAACAAGUUGAAAAGUAAUGGACCGAGAAUUGAACCUGUGGUAUUCCAGAAGGCGCCGAAUUCCAUGAUGAACAAUGUCCAUCAACAACUACUCUGUGUUUUCUGUUGAAUAGGUAAUUCUGAAGCAAUAACGAGAAAUUGGGAUGGAGAUUAUAAUUAUGACGUCAAUUUGAACAAAAAAGAUCAUGUGAAACACGGUCGAUGGCUUUUGAGAAAUCUGUGUACACAACGUCCAACUGCUGUCCCUGGUCAACAGCACAGUAUGCCCCCUGCAGUAGUGAUGUUAGAUUUGUAGAACAGUCCUUGACUGAGACAAACCCAAGCUGCCGCUCAGAGAGAGCAGGAUGGACAUGCUUCACGAUACAUGUAUGUUCAUACAGUUUCCUCUCAAAGACCUUUGACACAUGAGAAAGAAGAGAAACUGGUCUGUAAUUGGCUACAUUUUGUCCUUUGCCAGAUUUGUGAAUAGCAACCAAAUUGGCAACCUUCCAUUGAGAGGGUAGGUGCCAGAACAAAGUGCCAUUCGAAACAACGUUUGCCAAUGGAGCACCAAAAAUACCAGCAUAAGAUUUCAGCAAAGAACCUGAUAUGUUGCCUGGUCCACUGGCUUUAGAAACUUUGAUUUCUGAGAGUUUCUCAAAAACACCAGAGUCAGUUAUUUGAGUGGCUGACAUGGUGGGCAGGUUGAAGGUGUGUAGGGCUGGCCUGGUGCUGGACUGUUCGGAAUCCGACAGAUAGACAGGCUGGAAGUAGUCCGUAUGAUGCUGGUAAGAUUACCCUAGACAGACAACAAUCUGAUAGGUUCAUGAUUUACGUACAGUAUUGGAUCAUCUGGCACAGUCUAUGUGCAGGAACUACAUACAUGUCAAUGGUGGCAUUAACCAGUAAAACGGUUCAGUCCUCCACAUCUGUUCAGUCCUGUGAUUUACAGCUUCUACGUACAUUGAUUCUGAGGAGUCUCAGCAAGUGGAGAUGUGACCAUGUCCCAAAUGGCUUCCAUGACAUCUGACUUCUGAGCAUGUCCUGUGAGUACCGAAGGAGAGAUAUAUUUCUCAUCUGCAUCCAGCGAGGUUAAUAGUUUCCCGCCACUACAAAGCAGCAUGAAGAAAGCAAGAGGACCAAAGUUAAAACUCCGAUACCGACGUUAUUACAUCAUUCUAUUCUCCAUAAUCCUGUUUGGACUAGUCACCACAGGUAUACUUCAGUUCUGGCCACAUUUCCUGAUGGAAAGCGACGUGGAUCACCGUCUUAGAUAUGUCAUUCCGGACCUCUUAAAUCUACCAGAGGUCGUCAUUUCCAAAAAUAUACAGCUGCCGGAAAAAGGCGACUUAAAAUGCCGUUACUACAACUGCUUUGAUGUUUAUCGGUGUGGUUAUAACCUGAAUCGUAUUGGUGUGUAUAUUUAUCCUUUACUGAAAUACAUUGAUGAAGAUGGGGUUGAGAUUACGAACAGAAUAUCCAAGGAAUUUUAUGAGAUUCUUAUGACAAUAGCAGAGAGUCCAUACUUCACUGCAGACCCAGAGAAAGCUUGUUUGUUUGUGCCUGCUGUUGACUUUUUGAAUCAGGACUCCACCAGAGUUCAGGAAACGGGACAAGUCCUGGCUCAACUUCCCAAGUGGCAUGGAGGUACAAACCAUCUCUUAUUCAACAUGCUGCCAGGAUCAUCUCCUGAAUUCAAUACUGCCCUCGAUGUCCGACGAGGGAAGUCCCUCUUGGCUGGGGGAGGGUUCUCUACCUGGACGUAUCGGCCCAAUUUUGACAUCAGUAUUCCUGUGUAUAAUCCAGAUGUAGCUUCAAUUUAUUUAUCGGCCAAACCGGAUGGCUUUGUUAAACCGUUUUUAGCCAUAUCUGCACAAGCUGGAAUUCACUUAGAUUUUAGAGAUGAACUUAACGCAAUUGCCGCAAACCAUAGGGACUUUCUAGUGCUGGACAAAUGCCAAGAUGUGUCAGCCUCAUCCAAAAUGUGUAAAGACACAACUCAGUACAACUAUCCAUACAUAUUGCAGGAAGCCACAUUUUGUAUCAUUCUUCGACGGUCUCGUCUGGGUCAGGCUGCUCUCAGUGAUGCCUUACAAGCUGGAUGUAUUCCUGUGGUCAUGAGUGACACGUAUAUCAUGCCGUUUUCAGAGGUCCUGGAUUGGCAAAGAGCUGCCCUCAUUGUUGAAGAGGCUUUACUUCCUGAUCUACGGUCCAUUCUUAACAAGAUUCCCCCGUCUCAGAUCAAGGAGAUGCAGAGACAAGUGCAUUUCUAUUGGCAACAGUACUUUAAAUCCAUCAAAGAUAUCACCUUGACGACACUGCAGAUAAUUAACGACAGAAUGUAUCCCUACAGUGCCAAGGACUAUGCCUACUGGAAUGAGCCUAGACCACGAGUUGGUGUCAUCAGCCCGCUGUUUUUGCCGUUGAUCCCACCCAAGUCUGAAGGUUUCACAGCUGUAGUUCUGACUUUUGAUCGUGAGGAGAGCUUGUUUGAAGUCAUUCGUCGUAUCUCACAGACACCUAGUCUCUCCAAGGUUCUGGUUGUCUGGAACAACCAGGAGAAAUCCCCCCCGGCAGUUGAGAAAUGGCCCAAGAUAAACAAGCCACUGAAAGUUGUGCAAACCAAAGAGAACAAGUUGAGUAAUCGCUUCUAUCCCUACGAUGAGAUUGAGACAGAAUGUGUCUUGGCUAUCGAUGAUGACAUCGUCAUGCUGACUCCAGAUGAGCUGGAAUUUGGCUAUGAGGUAUGGAGGGAGUUUCCGGAUCGUCUGAUUGGUUAUCCAGCUAGACUUCAUCUAUGGGAUGAGACUUUACUCAAAUGGAAAUACGAGUCAGAAUGGACGAAUGACAUCUCUAUAGUGCUCACUGGAGCAGCGUUUUAUCAUAAGUAUUUUAGCUAUUUAUACACACACAAGAUGUCAGCCCACAUCAAGUCAUGGGUGGACGAUCACAUGAACUGUGAGGAUCUUGCCAUGAACUUCCUCAUCUCAAACGCUACGGGCAAACCCCCAAUGAAGGUCACCCCUCGUAAGAAGUUCAAGUGUCCUGAAUGUUCCAACAUCAUCUCAGCCGACCUUACCCAUAUGGUGGAACGUUCUGAAUGUGUCUCAGAGUUUGCCAAAAUGUAUGGGAUGGUGCCACUUAAGACGGUGCAAUACCGUGCAGAUCCAGUCUUGUAUAAGGACGAUGUACCUUCAGAGCUGAAACGAUUUCCUGAUGUGGGAAGCUUAUAGCACUUACUUAAAAGUGUAGGUACUUUCAGUCUUUACAGUCAGGAGUUUUGUCAAAUUUAAAAAGUCAUCUUGUUUAAGAUUCCUCAUUAAUGUGAAAAAACUUCAAGAGACUUUUCAAGUUGGUAGGUUAAAUAUAAAUAUGCAUAUGUGCUGACCCAAACUUGGAUUCGAUUUGUUUUACUUACUAUGCAAUUGUUCUAGUUUGCUUUUAAAGCAAAAGUUUAGCAUAAUCCUGAUAAUUUGAAGACAUUCAAUGUCAUAAAUUCCAUCAAAAAUCUUUCAGAAAUGUUACUGUUUCGUAAAGACUUUUUGAGAGUAAUUGAUACUAUGAAUAACGAAAGUUUUUACCAUACACAGAAAAAGAUGAGCUUGAUUGGACAGCCAGUUUUUGGACAAAAGGUUUUCAACUUUUUUAAAGCAGUCUGCGUAUGCUAGGCAUUGUGUUGACUUAUAUGUGAAUGAUUUAAAGACAAAUUUUUACCAUAGCAGUACUUUUAGGCAGCAGAACUGUUUGUAUUUCACCUUUGGGUUUCUGAUAUCCAAUACUUGCCCUGUUUGAUGGGGCUGUCAAAUGGUUUCUGUACUUUUUGUUAAUAAAUGAUGAAAAUAUCCAAUAUUACCCAUGUACCGCUACGGUUACAUACUUUACGUACAUUAGAUAUUUUUCUAAACCACUUCACAUCAGAUGACAUUCAAAUAAGCAGGAUAUCCAUUGCGGCAAAUUUGGUAUGCCAUGUCGGCUUGAUGUCUAUACUCAUCCUCAGACGCACUUCAUCCCCAUUGAGUUUGUACACACACAGUGGCUUGAAAUAAUCCAUGGAGGUUGAGCAUGUGUGUCUUCAACAGCUGUGGACCGUGACUGAGCACAGUGGUUAAUAUCACUCUGUGACAUGGUCUUGGAGUUUGGAAAAAAAAAGAAUGACCACGCGGUAAGAGAUAUCAUCCAAAUCUCAAAGAAAUGACCAGCAAGGGUUAUUAUUUGUGAAGUCCAACUUUGUAAAGGGCUUUGGUUGUGGCAUCUUGUCAUAUUAAAAAGUCAUUAGUUUCGGCUGAAAAUCAUACUGUACCCAGAACAAGAGUGAAUAAUACCGUUGGCAAUGGCUAACAAUAAGACGUGUGGAAGUUAUGGUAUCAUUCACAUACAAUCCCAUCGCCAAACAUUUUGCAAAGAUUUGUCUUCAGAUCAUUACAAAUGGUCCCAUAUGCUUUAGGAAUAAUUCAUGAUUAUGCAAAGAAGAGCCACUUACAUGCACAUAUGCUGUAUGCAUUUGUGAAUAGGGAAAUACAAAUACACACACUAUCCACAUUGAAUUGAUAGUCACGUAUAGUUUAUUCCCAACAUUAUUUCCUGUUUCUGAAUCACAUGACAAUAGAGAGAGAGUUACCAAUUUGAUGUUACUAUUUUCUCUCUCCAUAAGUUAUUCUCAGUUUUCUUUUCUUUCUCAAAACAAAGGCAAUAAAACAUUUCUAAAUCACCAACAAAUGGAAAAACCACUAAAAAUGGCCUUGAUGUGUUACCGUGUAUUGAAACCAGCAAACAUAGCACUGAACAUUCAGUAUUCAGAUUUACAUACUGUAAGUACACAUACAAUGUAGCAUCCUUAUCUAAAAACGGACAAUCUAUGUACAGAGUAAACUUAACCAUUUUGUACAACUGUAAGUUAUUUUUAGGUAUAUUAUGUAAAUAAUAAAGUAUUUUUUGGAUAUUAAAGGACUUAAUUUAGAUAAAACUAUUGGAUUUUUUGUAAUUACUUUUGUAAUAGUACUUGUAACUAAUUUGGAUAGACUACUUAGACUUACACUGGUCCUUCAUAAAGAGUCGGUCAUUAUGACGUAGGUACAUGUAGCUGCACAAUGUACAAAAAAACUGAACGUGAAGUUGAUACAAUUGAUUGGUUGGUUUAUUUUGUUCAUACUUAUAGAUUAUAGGUCUCAUUUGAAAUGAUACCUUAAAUAAAUGUGUGUGGUUGUGUAAAAGAAUGUUUUAAUUACGGCCGAUUUUGCUUAGUUUUAGAAAGACGUGCCCCUUUUGCCAAAGAGUUUCAACAGGUGCUAUUGCGGAUUAAUGUUCAUGAUGGUAUAGUCGCCAGGUCCCUUAUUUUGCCACUUACUGUGAAAACCAAUGAGACUUGACAAUAGGUGGUGGUGGUGGCGACUCUACGGUCACAGAUAUUUUGUUUGAACAGCCCAAAUAUCUUCCAAAAUACAACACCCAGAUCUUCAUCCUAUGGAUGGAGUCAGUGGUAUCACAUCCGAGCCAUUAUUAGGCUGUAUUGUUACUCUCAAUAGUUGAGAGUACAGGAAAUGUGUGGGUGCUACUCUCAGAUCACACCGUACAAACGGUUAUUAUGACCUGUGUGCCACCUUGAAAUAAUCACAUGAUGCAAGAGUAUACUCCUGGCCUUGUACUAACAUACUCGACCAGAGCCUAAUGUUACCUGGUGCUUGCAUCCCAGUUUUGUUUAGGUAAGAAUAUGCUGUUGGUAUACAGACUUGAACUUGGGAUGAUAAGAGAGGCAUCUUUGAAAAAAAAUUGUAAUUUAUUUGUAUGACAGUAGGAUUUGGACACUGUUCUUACUUCAAGCAUUUGUUUUUACUCAGCUUCCAGAUUCAGCUCUAAAUGGUAAAAGAGCAGCGCAUGUAUGGAUGUUGAAACUCCAAAUAAGGAUGUCUAAUCACAUAGGCUGAACCCAUCAAACUCUGUGAAGAUCCAUUAAAAUCUAACAACCAGGGUAGUUUAGGAAUCACUGUAAGUAAUACUAGUCCCAUCAGUGGAUUGAUUGAACUACAUGUAUGAAUCAUGUGGGGGUAGAUUUGUUGUUUUGUAGGAAUUUGAUAGUUAUGGGUAGAAUCAUGGCAGAAAUUGCAUCAUGCUGUGACUCAGAUGCCGAGUUUGUGUUAAUGAAGAACGAUUGUGCCCUAGCCCCUUGAAGGUAUCAGUGUCUUUUGUUUAGGACAGAUGAGUUGUGGGGACAAAAUUUGUCUUAAGAACAAUUAGUCACCUUAAUAACUAUCCUUCAUCACAUAUAUUCCCCAUAACAAAUUAUUCACCAUAAUAACUAUUAUUCAAACAUGCAGUCCCCAUAGUGCAGUGCCAUUGUGUGUUCACUCAUGUUUGAUUAAUGGUGUUCCAACAGCCUGCCAUUUAAAGGUGCCUUUCCAUGUGCAUAACAACACUUGCACCAAAUGGUGAUUUUGACAGCCGAACGCAAUGCACGCAUGUUUUAUGUUAAUGGAAUCGAUUUCGUGUCUGUGAAAGUAAAACGCAAUGCACCCAAAAAGGGUUCCUAUGGAAAUGUGCUUUAAUACCAACAGUGACCCAUUUUCACAGCUUUGUUUACCAUAGAGGAAAAUGUCUACACUAAUCAUUGACAUUUUGAACAGGUUGGGAGGUGUCUUUGCUUGAGUAUUUGUAUGAAUCAUGGAACUUGGUACUCUACAUGUGCUUGCAUGUAUGCUUCCACACUACCUGUACAUGGUUAGUUUGGAAUUUCUAUACCUCACAGACUGGAAUGUGGACAAAACCUUGUGUGACGUAGGGCUUUGGUUGAUUAACAUGCUAUUGAAAAGCUAACAUGCAUGCACAUGCUUUAAGUUUCAGAUCUUAACCAAGUGAAUUUUGCUGCAAACAUUUGGUGACACAAAGUUUGCUUAGCUUUCACAGUUACCUGAAGUUUGAAGAGGCCUCAACAUAAAGCUAAAAAGCAAACAACUCACUGUCUAACAAUCAUAAACACACAAUUUUCCUUGGGACUUUUUGUGAAAUGUAGCCGAUGAUUUCCAAGCAUCCUUAUCGUUAUGUUGCCUUUGAUUUCCCAGAUAACCUUUCCUAAGCAAAACUCCUGCACUGCUCGCGUUAAUUUCAGUCAGUCUGCAAGGGUAGCCACAAGUAUUUCAUACAUUCUGUUUCUGAACACUUUGGACGUAAAUGUUACUCAAUUUCAAAGAUAUUUUUGUACUUUUUAUGUAUGCGGCAUGCAUCAUUGUUUCUAAAUGCUAACCUUGAUUAGUGUGUGGAAAUGUGUUCGAUAUAAAGCACAUUGAUGCGUCCUGUGGACGUACUUACUUAAUGGGACUUCUUUAAAUGUGUUCAAAAAGUCGUUACUCAGUUGUAGUCACCUGCUUUGGAAAUGACAAAUAUUAGAGAGAAUCAUAUUCAUAAUAUACUAGUUGACUUUUAUUUCAACAAGCAGCACUGUAAGUCAUGACAGACAUCUGAAUCCAGUGACAUUUCCUCCAAAUUGUAAAUGAUCUCAAUUAUGCUAGGUUGUUGAGUAUUCAUUUACAUCAAAAGCUAUCUUCCUCCAGUUAGUAACCACUCAUCAUUGGUAGCAUUAUACAACAAGUGUGUAUAGAUGAGGCUAUUAAUGAAGUAUCUCCCUUUCAUCUCAACAGAUUGUGUUUCUGUGACCAGACAAAUAAUUCCUCUAUUUCUAGCCAGGUGGUGUUCUCUAUUAAUUCACUGUUUGUGUUUCAUUUGAAUGCUUGUGAAUUGGGUAUUUGUUACACUAACCUUCAGAGAGAGCCAUAGGGUAAACUUUUGAUGCACUGAGUCUGAUGCAAAGGACAGCAUCAGAAAGGAAUAUCCAGUGUACUCAUUCAAGUACAUGUAUAGCAUUAGACAAAUGGGAACUUUCAUUGCAAAUGAGCAUAAAGCCAAAUUUAAUUCAAAUUUGAGAUCUGAAUAUUGUGCUAGCAAUUAGUAGUCAGGUUGUGGCAUGCAUAAACAUACAUUUAACAAAUGAAAUGAAUCCUCCAUUGAACAGAUGUUUGGUUUUGAUGAUGAUGAUAUAUCAACUCCAAACACCCAUCCUGGUAUAUAUGUAAACUAGCAAGACUUGAGUUUUAAUAACUAGUCAUAGUUGUAAUGAAAAGUGAUAUACAAGUAUACAUAUUGCAGUGAAUAAUUUCAUGUUAUCAAACAAGGAAAUGACAGAUUCAAUUUUUUUUAAUUUCAAGUUUAGUCAUUCAUUAUCCAUUAUUAUCCUAUCUGUACAGUAUCAUGUAGAAAAAAAAGACAGAUUCAGGCUUGGCAGAGUUAGAAUGGCUUGAGGACUUGAGUAAAAAUGUUGCCACUUGGCAUACAUGUACAUGUCCCGAUAACUAUUGUUACGUACAAUCUGGAAUCUUGCAUCAGUUCAAUUUAUUGUACUCGAUUCUGACAAGUCUGAGUUGCUUUGCCUUCGGAUGAAAUCAUCUCAGAAAGGAGUACAAUAAAUAGGCUCCAGAGUUAAGAUUGUGCUGAUCAUUACAAAGAAUGUACCGUUGCAGGGUUCCCAGCAUUUCACAAUAAACAGAAUGUCUCUGUU